UGCAACAGCACCACCACCAGAAUUCCUUAUGCACAAGGCAUCCGCCCGGCCCAGGUCGAGACCACAACCCCCCCAGCAGCUCCAGCAGCAGGAUCAGCACAUCAGGACCGGGCCUGUGAGUUUGUGGAGUGCCCCAUGAAGGCAGAAGACAGAGAAAAAUGUGUGUCUGACAUCGAUAUGGCAAACAUGGUACACAAAGCAGAUACAUGUUUUUUAGCUGGACUGUGUAUUAUUCUUAUUACUGUGUAAUUACAAUACUUGUUACUCCUACAAGUAUAAUAACGCAGUAAUAAGAACACUAAAGUGUUAUAGACAUUUGUUUUAAUAAACUGUGAGGUACUGAAUGUUGGCAUUUGGUGUACUUCCUCUCUUUCUUUCUUUUUUUUUUUUACCAAGGAAGUGGUUGGCUAAUGGCUCAAAUGUAUUUUAAACCAGUCAGUUACAAGAUAGGAGCUACUACAGCAUUACACAAGGCUUGCGAAAGUAUUCACCCCCCUUGGCAUUUUUCCUAUUUUGUUGCCUUCCAACCUGGAAUUAAAAUUGAUUUUUUGGGGUUUGUAUAAUUUGAUUUACACAACACUUUGAAGAUGCAAAAUAUUUUUUCUUCUGAAACAAACAAGAAAUAAGACAAAAAAACAGAAAACUUGAGCGUGCAUAACUAUUCCCCCCCCCCAAAGUCAAUACCUUGUAAAGCCACCUUUUGCAGCAAUUACAGCUGCAAGUCUCUUGGGGUAUGUCUCUAUAAGCUUGGCACAUCUAGCCACUGGGAUUCUUGCCCAUUCUUCAAGGCCAAACUGCUCCAGCUCCUUCAAGUUGGAUGGGUUCUGCUGGUGUACAGCAAUCUUUAAGUCAUACCACAGAUUCUCAAUUGGAUUGAGGUCUGGGCUUUGACUAGGCCAUUCCAAGACAUUUAAAUGUUUCCCCUUAAACCACUUGAGUGUUGCUUUAUCAGUAUGCUUAGGGUCAUUGUCCUGCUGGAAGGUAACCUCUGUCCCGUCUCAAAUCUCUGGAAGACUGAAACAGGUUUCCCUCAAGAAUUUCCCUGUAUUUAGCGCCAUCCAUCAUUCCUUCAAUUCUGACCAGUUUCCCAGUCCCUGCCGAUGAAAAACAUCCCCACAUCAUGAUGCUGCCACCACCAUGCUUCACUGUGGGAAUGGUGUUCUCGGGGUGAUGAGAGGUGUUGGGUUUGCGUCAGACAUAGCGUUUUCCUUGAUGGGCAAAAAGCUACAUUUUUUGUCUCAUCUGACCAGAGUACCUUCUUCCAUAUGUUUGGGGAGUCUCCCACAUGCCUUUUGGCGAACAUCAAACGUGUUUGCUUAUUUUUGUCUUUAAGCAAUGGCUUUUUUCUGGCCACUCUUCCAUAAAGCCCAGCUCUGUGGCGUGUACGGCUUAAAGUGGUCCUAUGGACAGAUACUCCAAUCUCCUCUGUGGAGCUUUGCAGCUCCUUCAGGGUUAUCUUUGGUCUAUUUGUUGCCUCUCUGAUGAAUGCCCUCCUUGCCUGGUCCGUGAGUUUUGGUGGGCGGCCCUCUUUUGGCAGGUUUGUUGUGGUGCCAUAUUCUUUCAAUUUUUAAAUAAUGGAUUUAAUGGUGCUCUGUGGGAUGUUCAAAGUUUCAGAUAUUUUUUUAUAACCCAACCCUGAUCUGUACUUCUCCACAACUUUGUCCCUGACCUGUUUGGAGAGCUCCUUCGUCUUCAUGGUGCCGCUUGCUUGGUGGUGCCAUUUGCUUAGUGGUGUUGCUGACUCUGGGGCCUUUCAGAACAGGUGUGUAUAUAUACUGAGAUCAUGUAACAGAUCAUGUGACACUUAGAUUGCACACAGGUGGACUUUAUUUAACUAAUUAUGUGACUUCUGAAGGUAAUUGGUUGCACCAGAUCUUAUUUAGGGGCUUCAUAGCAAAGGGGGUGAAUACAUAUGCACCCACCAUUUUCCGUUAUUUAUUUCUUAGAAAUCUUUGAAACAAGUUAUUUUUUUCAUUUCACUUCACCAAUUUGGACUGUUUUGUGUAUGUCCAUUACAUGAAAUCCAAAUAAAAAUCCAUUUAAAUUACAGGUUGUAAUGCAACAAAAUAGGAAAAACGCCAAGUGGGAUGAAUACUUUUGCAAGGCACUGUAAAUGCAGAAUUGUUACGUGAUAUGCAUUGCUUCCAUACACCGUUCCAGUGGUGGUAAUGAAAAGCACAGACAUUUUCAACAAACCUUUACAUGGCGAUACUUCCUUAAUUCUCGACUUGGAAGGCACCAGUGUCUCUCCCUUCGCAAGUUGCAGGUGGAACGUUGGAAUUUAGAAAAUGCUCUGUUAUUCAAUUAAAUACAGUUUUGCUUCAUGAAGUAAUCCAACAAUGCAUAGGCAGCCAUUUGGUCUAUUUCUAAUCUUCUCUCAUUGAUCAAGACAGAAAUUAAGCAUUGCUUUGAAUGACACCUGAUGUGACUGAAAACUCAGUAGGCUAGUUCUGUUAUUUCUCUUUAUCCAGAUGCCUCCAUCCAACCAGCAGCACGCCCUAGGUCAGCCGUUUGAUCCCAGAUCCCCUGGGCGGUACGGGUCAGAAUCGGGUCUACACCUCGGAAGAGAUGUUCUGGAAUGCCAUGCUGAGGAAAGGGUGAGUGGACCAAUCAUAACACUGCUAGAGGAGGAAUAGGGUUUUAGUGCACCAUGUAAAUGGGUAUAGCCAGGCUCGUGUUUAUUUGGCACUGAAAAUGGAUUGAAACAGGGAGGACUUAUAAACACUAAACACUCAUUUGUUUUGUUUUCCUUGCAUGCCCUAAUGAACACGAUCCAUGUACUUUUAACUGAAGCUUCAAAUAGCUCCUGAAUGACCUGUACUUGUCAUGAUAUGUGUGCCAUGCCAGAUAUGUGAAAUUUAUUUUAUUGAUUUCUUUCUAGGGAACUAGACCCUCCCUGUUAUGUUCAGUGAUGGAAAAAGUACCCAGUGAUGGAAAAAAUACCCAAUUGUCAUACUUGAGUAAAAGUAAAGAUACCUUAAUAGAAAAUGACUCAAGUCAAAGUCACCCAGUAAAAUACUACUUGAGCAAAAGUCUAAAAGUAUUUGGUUUUAAAUAUAGUUAAGUAUCAAAAGUAAAUGUAAUUGCUAAAAUAUAUUUAAGUAUCAAAAGUAAAAGUAUAAAUAAUUUCACAUUCCUUACAUAAGAAAACCAGACGGCACGAUUUUCUUGUUUUUUCAUUCACGGAUAGCCAGGGGCACACUCCAACACUCAGACAUAAUUUACAAAUUAAAUUACAAUGGUAGAAAGGGAGAAUAAAUAACAACAUCUUUGUUUGUUCCUUGAGCAAGAAAGACCAUGUUUCUACUGAGCGUAAUGGUCCGAAUGACUGCACACAUGAUGGUGCCGCGUAAAAGAUCGUUUCUUCUAACUAACAAGGAGGAAACUACAGGGAAUAAAUUACCAUGGUGUACCGUAUGAGUACAGGUACGAUCCUUAAGCACAACAUCACACACAAAGUCAGCACUCGUAACAUCCAUCAUGAAACUAAAGUAGGGUUGCUAAUAACAGAUUGACCAGCUAUCACAAACAUGUAGAUUACUAAAAUCCAUUUACAUAUCAAAGAGUAAACGUAUAAAUCGAUCUGCACUAAACCUGUAAAGACCGCGAACCUGCUUCGAAAGAAGGAGGAGUCCUCCAGGCCGAAUAGUGACCAAAUGAAGCAUUUGUGUUUAGUGAUUCCGCCAGAUCAGAGGCAGUAGGGAUGACCAGGGGUGUUCUCUUGAUGUGUGAAUUGGACAAUUUUCCUGUCCUGCUAAGCAUUCGAAAUGUAACAAGUACUUUUUUAAAUUACAAAUGUAGUGGAGUAAAAGUAAAGUAGUAGUAGUCAAACAUAUAAAUAGCUAGCACUCUUUGUGUGGUUGUUUCAAUUUAUAAUACAAUAGAUUAUAUAACCUCAUUUUGUCUUCUACUCUUUGCAGGUAUGGCUUACCGUUUGACAUGCACGACUGGAUCGUAGACCGCUGUGUAAAAGAGGUGCGCUUGUCAUUGACUACUACAAUGGCGGUGAGAUCAAUAAGCAGAACUUCACCAUGCUUCGACUCCCUCAGUGCUGUGUGGGACCGUAUGAGAGUGGCC